AUGCUGGGCAUAGCCUGUGAUCCGUUGGAGCACACGAGCAUGUAUGAACGUGGCUCAGAUGACAGCGAGGACAGCGAUGGCGAAGGCGGUCUAGGCAAUGUAUCCCGCGUUAUUAUCCGUCCUCCGGGGCAGAGCGGCAAGGCUAAACGUGGCCAUUUAUGCUUCGAUGCCGCCUUUGAGACGGGCAAUCUGGGCAAGGCGGAGUUGGUGGGCGAUUUCGAAUACGAUUUAUUUCUGCGUCCAGAUACUUGCAAUCCACGUUUUCGUUUCUGGUUCAACUUUACGGUGGAUAAUGUUAAGCAGGAUCAGCGUGUGAUCUUCAACAUUGUCAACAUCAGCAAGAGUCGUAAUUUGUUUAAUUGUGGACUGACGCCACUUGUCAAAUCCUCCAGUCGACCCAAAUGGCAGCGACUGCCAAAGCGUCAAGUGUUCUUCUAUCGCUCGGCAAUGCAUCAGGGACAUUAUGUGCUCAGCUUUGGCUUUAAUUUUGACAAGGAGGAGGAUGUGUACAUGUUCGCCUUGGCAUCGCCUUACAGCUACUCCAGACUGCAGUCCUAUCUCAAUGUGAUCGAUGCACGUCAAGGAUCCGAGAAGCGAUUUACACGCAGCGUGCUCGUCAAAUCCUUGCAAAAUCGAAAUGUGGAUAUGCUGACAAUCGACCAAGUGACGCACAGUCAACGCUCCACAAAUCGUUUGGAGAGAAGCUUCAUUCGCGUCAUUGUCAUUCUCUGUCGGACGCACUCGAGCGAGGCGCCAGCUUCCCAUGUGUGCCAGGGUCUCAUUGAGUUCCUCGUGGGCAAUCAUCCCAUAGCGCAUGUUCUGCGCGAGAAUUUCGUUUUCAAAAUUGUGCCAAUGGUGAAUCCGGAUGGAGUCUUUCUGGGUAACAAUCGCUGCAAUCUGAUGGGUCAGGAUAUGAAUCGCAAUUGGCAUGUGGCAUCUGAGUUUACGCAGCCGGAGUUGCAUGCCAUUAGAAAUGUGCUAAAGGAGUUGGAUAAUUCGGAUACCUAUCAGAUUGACUUUGUGAUCGAUUUGCAUGCAAACAGCAGCAUGCACGGAUGUUUCAUCUAUGGCAACACAUAUGAGGAUGUCUAUCGCUAUGAGCGACAUCUGGUAUUCCCGCGUCUCUUUGCCAGCAACGCACAGGAUUACGUUGCCGAGCACACCAUGUUCAAUGCGGAUGAGCGGAAGGCGGGCAGCGUGCGACGUUAUUGCUGUGAACGUUUGAGUGACACUGUCAACGCCUACACCUUGGAGGUCUCCAUGGCGGGUCAUUAUCUGCGCGACGGCAAGACGGUGGCACUGUACAACGAGGACGGUUAUCAUCGUGUUGGUCGCAACUUGACGCGCACACUGCUGCAAUACUAUCGCUUCAUUAAUGUGCUGCCCGUGCCGUUGGUGUCGGAGAUGCGGUUGCAGGGAAAGCGACGCGGUCGUCCUCGAACUCAUCACUCGCGUUCCCGCUCCAGGACACGAUACGAGGUAAAGCCGCGGGCAAAGACGACGCGCUGUCAUGCCCCCAUAUCCUACAACAAUCUGAGCAUCUGCUACGACUCUGGCGGCGGCGUCUCCUCCGAUGAGGGAGGCUACUCACCAACGCGAGCCGUACCCAUUGCACCUGGCAGCAGCACCUUCAGUGGUUAUCGGAACUAUCGGCGUGCUGCCACCGCCAGUUGCGCCCUGCAUGAUCAGUAUUCCCUAGGCGUGUGUGAGCACGGCGGCAGUCGGAGCAAGAGGGCAGCCGCAGCAGCUGCACCGCUGACAAUUGAGUUGCCCGUGCCACCAGGUGUGAGUGUGCCCCCCAAGCCGUACCUGUCCAUUAUCGAUCUGAAUCAGCUGACACGCGGCAGCCUCAAGCUAAAGCUGAACAGUUUCGAUGCGGACGAAAGGCGUUAAGGUUGAAAGUGUACUACACAUUCGAGUAUAACAACUGUAACUGUAAUUAUUACUGUAAUCGAUUUUCUAUGCUUCAUGCAGCUUUGUUUCUUGAAUAAACAGUUAUAUCUAAUCAAAA